AUGUGCAAGGCUCUUGUUCUGGUGGCUCUUCUUGUUGUUAGUAGUGUAUCGGCUGGUACACGUACAUUCAAUAUUCGAUCAAAGCAUAUUGAACGUGCCCUAUUACCAUUGAAAACAAGUAAUAAUGGUAUUGAUUGGUGUCCACAAUGUAUUAAUACGUACGGUGAUUUGAUUGAACUUGUUCUUGAUGUUAUUCUUCAAUAUGGUGUUAUGAAUACAUGUGGUGAUUUAUGUGAUCUUGUUGCUGAAAAGUCAGGAUCAAGCCUUUUAGGAUUUCUGUGUACAUUUGGUUGUGAUGUUCUGGGAAUCGAAGAAUUCGUUAAAAUAGUUGACAAAGCUGAUAUUGAUCCAAUUUAUUAUUGUGAAAGAAUAAAAAUUUGUCCAAUCAACGAUAAUGGCGAUGCGAAAUUUAAGUCAUUUGCUAUUUUACCACCCCAUGGUCCACAAGGUACGACAUUUAGUAUUGAUUUUGCCUAUGUAUCAAAUAACGGAACUGGUACUGGUGAACUAAUUGUUGCAAUCAAAACCGUUGAUAAAAUUCCAUUAUCCGCUAGUUUCUUAGUUGAAGCACAAAAACCAGGUACGUAUGGGGAUCGUAUUAGUGUUGACGCUAGUCCCGACCCAGAUUGUGAUCCUACACAAGACGAGUGUGAAUCAUGGGUACCCGGUACAUAUACUGUCACAGUUCUUCUUUGCAAUGGACAAUGUGGUUCACAUCAUCCUCAUACUCAACUGUAUGAUACAGCUACGGGUCCAUUUGUAAUAUCUGAAUAA